GAGGUGUCCUUGAAGUCUAUUAUUGAGAUUAGUGGGAAAGACUAUGUCCAUCUGAUGAUUCCCAAGACUUAAAGGCAAAGCUCUGUGAAGAGAUUACGAAAGUGACCCAUAGCAGCUCUAAGGAAGACAAACAGGUCAACUUAGAAACAAGACUGGAGUUCACUGAUACCAUGGACGUCAAGCGUGCCGUCAAACAACGUUCCUGUGGAAACGCUUCUCCAGCUACAAUCACUUGCUAUAAAACAGAGCCUACUGCACCACCACCGCCACCACGUUCGCCUAUACCACCAGGACCUGUUAUCGUGGGUGUGAUAUUUCUUCUUGUUGUAGUGAUCUUGAUUUCUUCAUUUAUACGAUUGUAUGUCAGGAGAGUCAGGGAGUCCAGAGCUUUAGCAAGAAUGCUGCCAGGGAAAGAAAUGGAGUUUGAAAGUGGAGAUUAUGAGGACGUCAUGGACAAAGACAAUGAGAUGGAAGACUUCAGUCGUGGCACUUUUUUUCAUUCAGGAUUCAGAUCUGAGGCCGAAUUCUUCUCAGAGAAUGAUGGGCGGAGUGUUUCCUCUUUACCUUAUGAUGAUAUUGAUGAAGCAGAUGAGGCUCGACCCCUGACCUUUCCGGGCACUACUGCUCCUGCUGCCCGAGACGUCAACGUUCAUGAAGACGGGGUGACCUAUGAAGUGGAAGAUACACAGGAGAGUUAUGAUGACAUUGAUACAGUCCCUGAAACUGCACAGACUACAGCAGAGGUCCACGACAGCCCUGAAACACAACAUGACUUAAACACAGCAGCCCCAGGAUUGGUGAAGAGGGAUGAGGACUACCUAGAGCCAGAUCAAGAUGAGUGAGCCAAAUGCGGCUUUAGAAACUACUUAAAAAAAGUCUCACAAAGUGGCUCCUGACAAAAUUAACUGUUCUUUUUCUCUAAUUAAAAAUAAGAGGACAAAAUAAUUAAAAUAUAUUGAUGCAACAUACAUUUACUGAAAUUUCUUGAAGAAAACUACAUUUAAUGAGAGCAGCUUCACUAUCGUUUUAUUUUUAUUUGUAAUACUCGCAGCAGUCACACACUGCUCCAUCUCAGGCGUCUCUCCACCCCGUCAGGUCCCGUCCACCUGCUCACAUAGGGGAGACAUGAUUAGACGAUGGGGAUUGGCUGCGUCGGUCUGCCUCCCCUGAGACCGCCCCUGAACCCACUGCUUCACCCCUCCUCUGCAGCUGAGUCAAAAACCACACCCACCCUCAAAUACGAAGCCAGUCUUUAUUGAAUGCCAAGGUUAAAUAUAUUUCAUUGAACGUUUAAGUUGGUUUGGACAGUAAUUCAAAGUGAUAUGAGAUCAGCUGACACAAGCUGUGAAUCGGUGUCUGGAAAGGGAUGUCAAAACUGGACUGUAGGUGGCAGACAGUUGGUGCCAUAAGCCACCCCCUGUGUUCAAGGGUGGCUGUUCACAGUUUCAAACCAUCUGUCUUCUCUGUCCAAAAUGUGAACACUGACAUCCUCGAAAGAGUACCUUUAUCCUUCAUAAGCAGAUGUACAGCUGAGUCUUGUGGAAACCAGCCAGGACAGCUUGUGAAACAUCUCCUUAGAUAUUGUUGAAUUCAGUUGUGUAAAUCCACAAAGAGCAGAAAACCUCAGAGCAAGAGCUGUAAAGCUCAGCUGAUCAUAGCCAGUUGUACUGGAAAUUUCUUUAUUCUAUGUAUUGGUCACAUAUUUUAACCAUAUCACUAUGGUAAUAGUAAUAUCACUUUCUCAUUUAGCUGUAUGCAUGAAUGUUAUCAUAGAGGGCCUAUUGUAGAGUUGAAGACAUCCAGGCACCCUGUUCAAGGGAGGUGACGGGUGCGGGUGGAAGGUGACUUUUCUUCGAGUGGGAGGGGGUCAGGAAUGAGCUGGACUGAAGGUAUAGUGGUAUAUGAUCUGCUGUGGAGUGUUCUUUGUUUGAGAGUGUUUGUGGGGGUAUAAAAGAGUUCAGGGUGGUGUCCUUUCUCAGAAAAGCAUUUUGGUGUUUGACCUGAAUGUUUUCUCCACUGCAGUGUUCUUAAUAAACUUCACUUCAGAAACA